AUGGCGCCUGUGCGUUCGCAGGCUCUUCGCCCCUCUCGGGGGGCAUCGUCCGCUGAUGAGAAUGCGCCUUCUUCUUCUCUCUCUCCCAGUGUCUCUUCUCAGUCGAAACCACCUCCGCAGGCCGCACCUGCGGGGAGCUCGCGCGCGAAAACGGCGACAAAAAAGGUUUUCGACAAUCUGCAGAGCCUCGAGAAAAAUAACGAACCAUCUCGCCAGAGGCCACAACGCUCAGCUACCCAGGAAGAGUCGUCGCGUUCGACUCGGCCCUCAAGGAGCGCCGCUCGCCCAGUCUCUGCCUCGGCGUCGCGCAAACGCGAGCGGUCGUCUUUCCCCUCUUCUCCGCGUUCUUCCCGCCGCACGACCGGAGACAGCCAGGAGGCCAAAGAAGCCGAGAGGGACGCGCAGGGGCCUGGAAGGGAGAAGCGUCUUGUGCCUGCGGCGUCUUCUCGCCGCACUGCUCCAGACAGCUCAGCGCGUGCGGAGGCAGCCUCUAACAAGAAGGCGAAGACGGCGAGUUCUCUCUCUUCUUCGCGCCGGGGUUCAGCUGGACUUCGCGAGACCGAGCGAGGCGCAGAAACGGAAGGAAGGCGACAGGAGAAACAGGACACGGGAAGAACUCGCGCGCGUGAGAGAAAGAGAGAAAGGGGCCGAGGCGGGACAGCUGCUCAACGAAAGGCCAAAGAUGAGGAUCGACUGGGAUGUAUCGACACCGACGAUGAAGUGCCUCCACGAGUAGGAGACAGCGUCGUCGAUGAAGCGGCGGUCAAAACGAUUCUCAAGAGCGAGGUGCCCAACACUGUUUUCAAAGUCUUCUGCACGCACUGCGAGCCGAACUACAGCCAACCCUGGACGACGAGGCGUCAAACGACCUCGACAAGCACCGGCUUCGUCACCCUCGACGCGAACGGAGAAAAGUGUCUCCUCACCAAUGCCCAUUCCGUUGAGCACGCCGCCGUCGUGCAAGUUCGCAAGCGAGGUGACCACCAAAAGUAUGAAGCGGAGGUUCUUUGCAUUGGCCUCGAGUGUGAUUUGGCGAUGCUGCGCGUCUCGGACCCCGACUUUUGGAAAGGUCUCGGCCCGCCGCUCCAGUGGGGAGCCUCACCGCGCCUCGGAGAUCCGGUGACGGUCGUUGGAUAUCCCCUUGGCGGCGACAAUUCCUCAGUUACCCAGGGCGUUGUCUCGCGCACAGACCUACAGCAGUACUGCCUGGGUUCGUGCAGUUUGCUCGCCAUUCAAAUCGACGCCGCAAUCAAUCCGGGAAACAGCGGCGGACCGGCUCUGAACAGGGAUAGCCAGUGCGUCGGGAUCGCCUUCCAGAGCUUGAAGGAUGGCGACACCGAAAACAUUGGCUACAUCAUUCCGAGCGAGGUUGUAGGGCACUUCCUGGAGGACUAUCGCCGGCACGGUCGCUGUCUCGGAUUUGGCGACGGAGGCUUCACCUGGCAAAAGUUGGAAAAUAAAUCGCUGCGACAGGCACUCGCUCUGAAAUCCAAGGACGAGGGCAUUCUCAUCAAAAAGUUGGAUGGCGGAGGCGCGGCGAAGGAGGUGCUGCAGAAGGGGGAUAUUCUUUUGGAGAUCAGUGGCAAGAAGAUUGCGAGCGACGGCACGGUGGCCUUUCGAAACGGAGAGAGGAUUCUUUUCACGUGGCUGCUGAGUCAGAUGUAUGUCGGGGAGCGUUGCGCAGUGAAGAUUCUGAGAAGCAACAAGGAAAGGAAGGAAACGUUCAGCGUGGGGAAACUCAGCUUGCUCGUCCCCGCGAACAGCGACUUGCGACGGCCGCAAUACCUCAUCGUCGGCGGCCUCGUUUUCGUCCCGCUUUCGGAACCGUUCUUGAAGAGCGAGUACGGCGAGGACUUCGAAUCGCGCGCUCCAGUCCGACUCCUCGACAAAUGGCAACACGGAUUCCAGUCGUUCCCCGGCGAGCAAUUCGUCAUCCUCAGCCACGUCCUCGCCCACGACGUCACAGUCGGCUACGAGCACCUCCACAACGUCCAAGUUCAGCAAUUUAAUGGGACGAGUGUAAAGACCCUACAACACCUUGCGGAACUCGUGGAGAAAUCGACUGAGGAAUAUUGGAGAUUCGACCUCGACCACGACGAAGUCGUCGUGCUGGAAGCCGCCGCCGCUCGGAGGGCGCUUCCCCACAUUCUCCAGCGGAACAUGAUUCGAAGCCACAAGUCGGAGGACGUCUGA